AUGUCGUGGCAGCAAGGCCAAGAUCAGGACGACCCUCUUGCCUACGGAGAUGACUAUUCCAAGUCGCGGGGUAGCGGGCAAGGCGGAAGAGACCGCUCUUUUAUAGGGGAUACGUUCAGCAAGCUGAAGAACAGAUACGGUCAGCCCGGAUCUCAAAACGACUUUGGCUACACAUCCGGGCCUUCAGGUCAACAACAAUCCUCCGGGUACAGCUCGUCCCAGAAUACCGGCUAUGGCUAUGGUCAAAGCCAAGGCCAGGGAUACAGUCAGCCAGGGUCGGGCCUCUCCGCUGGCCAGCCUCCGUACGCGGGCGGACCUCCACCUUCAAGCCCAGGCAAGAAGCCUGAUGUGGGCGACAAGAUCUUUGGCGCCUUGCACGAUACGUUCCACAAUAUAGGUACAGAUGUGGCUGGUCUGUUUGGCACGCAGUAUCAAGGAUCUUCUGGUCAAAGUCCGUAUCCACGCCCUCCGUCCCAGCAAGGACAGUCGUACCAGGUCGGAUAUCAGCAAGGUCCUAGCAUUGGACCAGAGAAGUUUCGCUACGACAGCUUCGCUUCUGAGAAGAAUGGCAACGACGUGAAGUGGUACGUUGAUGGAGCGGGUUACUUUUACGCUGCCAGUCUGGCUCUAGAAAGUGCCAGGGAGUCUAUAUGGAUCCUUGACUGGUGGUUGUCUCCAGAACUCUACCUCAGGAGGCCUCCAGGUAAGAAUGAGCAAUGGCGGCUCGAUCGCACACUCCAACGAGCGGCUCAGCGAGGAGUCAAGAUCAACAUCAUAGUCUACAAGGAGGUGACACAGGCUCUGACUCUAUCAUCAGCGCACACCAAGCAUGAGUUGGAGGCUCUUCACCCCAACAUUGCCGUCUUUCGUCAUCCUGAUCACCUCCCAGAUGCUCAAACGACCCAAUCUUCGUUGAUAUCCGCCCUGCAAGGUCUCAAGCUCGACGCAGCAGGCCUGGCGAAGGUUGGUGCUGAUACGUUGAGAGGGGCAUACGGCAUCACCGACGAUGUCAUUCUGUAUUGGGCUCACCAUGAGAAACUGCUCCUGGUUGACGGACGCUUGGCUUUUAUGGGCGGGCUCGAUCUCUGUUUUGGCCGAUGGGAUACCAAUCAGCAUUCAAUCUCGGAUGCCCAUCCUUCAGAUAUCAACCUGACCGUCUUUGCGGGCCAAGACUAUAACAACGCUCGCGUUAUGGACUUCUCUGAUGUGGCCCAGCCGUUCCAGAAUAAGCUUGACCGUACCAAGAGCUCGCGCAUGGGCUGGUCCGACGUUGCAAUCUCCCUCCAUGGGCACUGCGUGCAGGACCUACGCCAUCACUUCAUAGAUCGGUGGAACUUCAUCUACGAUGAGAAAUACAACGUGCGGAAGGAUGCGCGCUAUGCCCGCAUCGGCGAUCCCUAUGUUCAUCCCUCGAACCACCCAGCACCGCAGCCUACCCAGCAGCAGUUGCAACAGUACCAGCAAAAUCAGCAAUCUUCAGCACCAGGCCAGCCAGCGCCCAGUCAGGGCCCUCCUCCACCUGCGUGGUCAGCAGCGGCCACCACUCAAUCUGCACAUGAGCAGCCCCAACAGUCUGCACAAAUGCAGCAACAGCAACAGCAGGGCAGCAUCUUUCCACCUCCGCCAGGGAGCCAACCCUACGCACAACCUGCUUGGUCCAGCACCAGUCACGUCCAGUCCCCAGGGGGCCUGAGCACAACAUCUUGGCAACAACAGCCUGGAUCGCAGGCUCAGCCUUAUAAUCGGCCUACAAGUGCAAGCGGGACGCACCCACCAAACGCACCCACUCCUCAACCCUGGCAGCAGAACCAGUCUGGCAGCCACGGGCCGGUUUACGAAGCCGGCAACACUUCACCUCAGCUACCGCCCCCACCACCAGGUCCUCCACCGGCAACCCAGGCACAGGCGUGGCAACAGCCACAGGCACAGGCACAGUCAUACGCAAACUCGUCUGCCGGUCAAAGCCAAGGUCAACAGUGGCAGCAGCCACAGACAAUACCACCUACCAUACAAUCCGAGCCACCACAAUGGCAACAGUCGGCGCCUUAUUCUCCUCCACCAUCGAAUCAGCCGCAGUACUCCGCCUACCACUCCCAGAACGUGCCGAGCCCCAGCGUCUCGCCGAAUCCAACUCAGCAGCAGCCUUACACACAUCAGGAGUAUCAAGCGCCUCCAGGCUCCCAUACACGAGGAAUCGAUGACAAUCCAAUCUACCAAGGCGCCGAUCGUGGCUUGGGAUAUGAUCAAGGCUACGGCAAUGAGAGGGGUGAUAGCUACAGCGGGGACCGUGGCAUGAGAAGUCGCUUCAAUGAAUACAAGCAGCAGGGCAAGACGCUGGGCACCGAUCUGACUUCGCUGGGAAAUCUCGUCUCUGGCGGCUUGAAUACCAAAAUGCACCAAUAUCAAAGCAGGUUUUUCGGGCCAACCGACAAGUAUGGUCAGCCUCUGUCUCAAGCUAGGGGACCAAUGACCUGCCAGGUUCUACGAAGCUGCACAAAAUGGAGCAAUGGAACAGCAACCGAGCACUCCAUUCAAAAUGCUUACAUUGAUGUGAUUGAGAAGAGCCAACACUUUGUUUACAUCGAAAACCAGUUCUUCAUCACUGCCACAGGAGACCAGCAAAAGCCUGUCAAGAAUUUGAUUGGGAAAGCCCUGGUGGAUAGGAUUCUCCGGGCUGCGCGCAACGGUGAGAAGUACAAAGUGGUUGUGGUCAUUCCUGCGGUUCCCGCCUUUGCUGGAGAUCUGAGGGAUGAUGCAUCACUUGGAACGAGGGCUAUCAUGGAGUUCCAGUAUUUCUCGAUCAACCGAGGCGGCAACUCAAUUUUGGAACUCAUUGCCCAAGCGGGCUACAACCCAAUGGAAUACAUUAGGUUCUAUAACCUGCGCAACUAUGAUCGCAUCAACAUCAGCAACACGAUGACUCAAGUUGAGCAGCAAAGUGGGGUUCGUUAUGAAGACGCUCGCAAGCAGCACGAUGACAUGGUCGGCGCAGGUUGGGUGCCGCAAGGUGAGGGCACUUCAGCACGGCCUGGUGUAGCCGGUGGCCAAUAUCAGCAGUAUCAGUCUGCUGCGCCCGGGCAGGGCACAGCUAGUCGCUGGGAUUCGGUCGCGGAGUGCUACAUGCUUGGUGGCGAAGACAUUCGUCGCGUACCAUGGAAUGGACAACCUGAGGCUGAGCUGGAUGCUUUUGUCAGUGAAGAGCUCUACAUCCAUUCCAAAUGCCUGAUUGCGGAUGAUCGCAUUGCCAUUGUCGGUUCUGCGAACCUCAACGACAGAAGCCAAUUGGGCUACCAUGAUUCGGAAAUUGCAAUUCUCAUCAACGAUCCGACUCCAGUUCAAUCGACUAUGGCCGGUCAGCCAUGGAUGGCAAGUCGCUUCGCCUCGUCCUUGAGACGCCAGCUGUUCCGUAAACACCUGGGAUUGAUCCGGCCACAGAACAUGGAGCAGCAGGCACACAACAUGGAGCCAGUUGGGACCCCGAAUGACUACGACUGGGGUACUCCUGAAGACAACCUGGUUACAGAUCCCUUGUCCGAUACUUUCUUGGCCAUGUGGAACACACGCGCCCGCACUAACACUGAGGUCUUCCGUAAGGCUUUCAGGGCCGUACCGGACGACAACGUGCAUACGUGGAACGACUACAAGGAAUUCUAUGAGUAUUACUUCCAUGGUACUGAACAGAAAGCCGAUGGCAAAGAUCAAUCUAGGUUGCCGCCAAAGGUUCAAUAUGGGCAUGUUGUUAGAGGUGACUUUCCGGGAGGUGUGGUGGAGCUCAAGGAACUUCUAAGCAAGGUCAAGGGCACGUUGGUGGAGAUGCCGCUGACAUUCUUGCAGAAUGAGGACAUUGCGAAGGAGGGAUUGACUCUUAAUGCUCUCACUGAAGAAAUCUACACCUGA